AAAGUAAAAAAACAACGGUUUCGGAUUUCGGGUCCACACCCGAGGUACGAGGUUACCUUACCUCCGACUCCGACAUGAAUUACGGCGGCGAAACGUUGGACUUCCGAAACCUUAAGGUAAUAUCCGCCGUUGGACGCGGUGCAAAGGGUGUCGUGUUCCUUGCAAGAACCUAUGGAUCAUCGAAAGAUGAAUGGUGGGCUUUGAAACUUAUGUCAAAAGAACUUCUUCAGAAGAAAAACAAUAACAAAACCGGUGAAUGCAGAAGGGUUAGAUUUGAACAACAAAUACUACGUCGUUUUGAUCAUCCUCUUUUGCCACGGUUAAAAGCUGUUGUUGAAACGGAGAACCUUGUUGGAUUCGCUAUUGAUUAUUGUCAUGGUGGGAAUUUGCAUUCUCUUAUGAAGAAACAACCGGAGAAAAAAUUCUCUGAAGAAGCCAUUAGGUUCUAUGCUGUGGAAUUGGUGUUAGCAUUGGAGUAUUUACACAAAUUAGGAGUAGUUUAUAGAGAUUUGAAGCCCGAGAACAUUAUGAUUCAACAAACGGGUCACAUAAUGCUCGUAGAUUUCGACUUAUCAAAGAAAUUGAAUCCAAAAUCACCAAACUCACUGAGUUGCAACUCGUCACCAGGUUCCAAAUCGCCAGAAAUAAACACAAGAAAAAUGAGAUGGUUAUCGAAGCUCUAUUGUCAUUGUCAUUCUGGGAUACCAGAAUAUGACAUAGUGAAUCAACUCGAUUUUAACACGCCUUUUAAAAGGAGUGAGUCAGACUCAGUUGAAAAGUCAAACUCGUUCGUGGGAACCGAGGAUUACGUGGCACCUGAAGUUAUUUCAGGUCAUGGACAUAACUUAAGUGUUGAUUGGUGGUCAUACGGCAUCGUUUUGUAUGAGUUGUUUUAUGGAACGACGCCGUUUAGUAGUCCUAAUAGAAAGGAAACGUUUCACAAGAUUUUAAAUGUGGAGGUUGAACAAAAAGGUGAAACGACGCCGUUGAAGGAUUUGAUUGCUAAAUUGCUUGAGAAAGAUCCUGACCGUAGGAUUCAAGUUGAUGAAAUAAAGGGUCAUGAUUUCUUUAAAGGUGUCAAGUGGGAUACAGUGUUGGAAAUUGCACGUCCACCGCAUAUUCCUCAAAAUGAAGUUGUGGACAGAGCAGGGUUUUCUAAAAAAGAUGUUGAGUCUUUUGUCCAUGGAAUAUUUUUUCCAAAAAAUAAAAAUGAUAAUGGCGAAAAAGAGAAAAAUAAGGAGGAGGUAAAAAAAGAAGAUGGAAAGGAGAAGGAGAAGGAAAAUGAUGAUAGUAAUAAUAAUAAUAAUAAUAAGAAUGUGUGGGUUGAGAAGUUGGGGCAGAGUCAGACUAAAGAUGAGAAUUUUUUGAUUUUUUGAUUUGUUGUAAGUUUCGUUUUCAUCGAUUAAAAUGUGUUCCGUAUAUUCUAGGAGAUUAACCAGAAUCUGAACACUAGUUUAAAAUGAGGCAGUUGUAGCAAAAGCGUAAGCAACCUCAUUUACUUAAAUAUAAUUUUGUUCUCCUCCA